UAACAAAGUGACGUAAGAGAGUGCGAUGUUCAAUCUGACAUAAAUUAAUGUCCCAUUGUGAUGAUCAACAUACAGAUGGUACAACAAAGACAUAACGAGAGGGAGAGCUGAGGAACUUCUGAUGACAGAGGGUAAGGAAGGAGCUUUUGUGGUGCGAGACUCCAGGCAUGCAGGCGUCUACACUGUGUCUGUCUUCACUAAAGCCCCAGGAUCCAACGGGCAGAAGAACCCGCGGGUGAAGCACCACCAGAUCAGACAGUCAGAGGCAGAGGAGACGUCCACGUUUUACCUGGCAGAGAAAUACCUGUUCAGCACCAUUCCUGAGCUCAUCCAUUACCACCAACACAACGCUGCAGGUCUGAUCACACGACUGAGGCAUCCUUUCUCUCAGGGUAGAGAGAGCUCUCAGAGCCCUGCGGAACUCUCAGAAGGUGUGUUUAUGUGGGAGAAACCAGACGACCGUCCUUCCUUUGCUCUCCUGCUGCACGAGCUGGCCUUGCUCUCAGACCUCUGA